CCAUUCAAAAAAUAUCGAGAUAUCCCAACACGUCUACGAAACCUUGAGAAAGAGGGAAAAAAGGGCGAUUAGGGUUUGUGGAUCGCGCUCGCUCUGGUCUCGAAGUCACUUGGUACCCGUUGGAUCGCGCGGAGGGUCGUCCGAAUUUCGUACAUUUCUCUGAUCGGUUACCUGCGCAAUAACAGAAUAGAUAUUUGCAGGUUUCAGAUUAAAGUACCUUUCCUUGGUUUUUACUCUUAUCUCAAACUGGUAAAUAAUGUACCCAGCUUAUAAAUACAUGGACCCAUACUAUCACCCUCAUCACAGAGACCACUCUCCAAGUCCAUAUAACCAAUACCCUAAUUGGGAGACUAGGCCUCCUCAAAUGAGAGUAGACCAUUCUUCGCCAACCUCUCCUUUUGGUCCUUGGCCUUAUAACUCAAAUUCAGCUGAAUUUAAUGAUUGCUGUAACCAUAACUACCCACCUGGGUUUUACAGUUAUAGACCUCCAUACCCUCAUUAUCCACCACCUCCUCAAGCCUACUACCAUGGUCCAUAUCCGCCUUACCCUGAAUCGUACCCAGCUUAUUUUGUUUCCCCGCCUCAUUACUCGGUUAACCAAGCUCAAUAUGAUUACGACAAGGGUAAAGGCCAUUGCUGUGGGUGCCCGAACCAUGUUUGUCAUUCGAGAGACAGUACCAAUGUGAAGAUUGAAGAGCAAAAACCUGAGACUGAGCAGAGUAAUAACAGCAAAAACACUGAUUUGAUUCGGUUUCCAAAUUAUUCGCAUCCGGUUGUCUGGAUCCCACCAAAUUAUUUGAAGGGUAUGGAUGGCAACAAGGCUUCUAAAGCACAGCCGGAGAAUUGGACUAGGUGGGUUCCUCUAGACAUGAAUAGUUUGAAGGGUUUGAGGCAGGGGGGAGAUGAUAAAGGCCAUUUGAUCAGCGCGCAGAAGGCUGCACCAUUCUCAUGGCCGAUAAUUUGGGUUCCUGGUUAUGAUAAACAAGAUGACGCGGUUAAAGAUUUGAAGAGUAUCAAUGUUGACCCAAAAGCUUCAGAAGAUAUUUCUUCACCAAAGAUCAAGAUCAUUCCACUUAAUUUUGGUGAAAAUGAGAAUAAUGUGAAUAAACCUGCUCCUAAGAAGGAUAAGGUGGGAACACAUGAGCAUCCAGAAGCUGUGACGGAGAAGGAAGUAAAUGGUAGAACCAUUCCAGUUGUGGAGAUGAGAGAAAGUGAUGAAAAGAAGCUUAGCCUUGAUGGGAAGAGAAAGGCCAACAUCCAUGAAAAGAAGGAUGAUAAUGGAGCUGAUUCUUUGGGUAGCAAACAAUCAUCGCCUGUCAAGUCUUCAAAGUUGCCUCCUAUAUGUUUAAGGGUGGAUCCAUUACCUAAAAAGAAGUCUAUAAAUGGUUCGUCAAGAUUUCCUAGCCCACCUAGUCGUAAGGGAAAGGAGAGUGCUCAGAAGGAAAAAGAACAAAUCAUCCAAACUGAGAACGCGCCCAAGGAAAAGAUCCAUAAGACUGUGCCUGUUGUUUUUGUGAAAGGUGUGCCAGAGAAAAAUGCAGAGGAGGUUGGCGGAGAAAAAUAUGGUGGGAAAAGCAAAGAUGGCUAUAAAGGCAAAGUAGACAGGAAGGCUUUUGAGAAAGCGAAGUUGGAGAAAGAGAAACAGGUUGUUGAGGAGAAUAAAGAAUGCAAGGAGAAAAUAAAAGGUGGUGAAGUUGAGGAAAGAAAGCAACGAAUGGAUUUUUCGGAAGCUGAAGCCGCAACUCUUAUUCAGUCUGCUUACAGGGGGUAUGAGGUUAGGAAAUGGCAACCGUUGCAGAAGCUUCGGAAUAUAAAGCGUGUUCAAGAACAGGUGGGAGAAGUGAGGAAGCGAAUAGAAAGCCCCGGAGCUUCUUCAGAGAUGGAUGCCAAGCAGCGGAUGAUUAUUGGUGAAACCAUCAUGAAUUUGCUAUUGCAACUUGAUACAAUUCAGGGCUUACACCCGAGUGUAAGAGAGGUGAGGAAAUCUGUGGCAAAGGAGCUUAUUUGCCUACAAGAGAAGCUCGAUUCUUUGAGUCAACAAUCAACUAUGACGGAUGAAUUUGUGAAGGUUGAAGAACGAAGUACUAACAAAGAUGCUGAAGAGCAAGCUUCUCUUGCCACUUCUGAGCAAGUGUGUGGAGAGGGAUCUGAUGAAAACCACGUUGCAUGCUUUGCUGAGAGCGAAAAAUCCGGCACUGUGCAAUGCAAGCAUGAAGAGAUAUCAGAAGAAGGUGAAGCAAAGGAGUCCGCAUCCGAAGAAUCCAUGCAAGUGAAAGAUGAUAUAGUAUUCACGUCACUCAAUGGCUACAAAGAUGUGCCUGAUGCUCUAUUUUCGGAAUCUGAAUCAGCAAGUGAAGUACCAUCCAUUGCAGUGGAGGAAGGCAUGAACCCUCCAGCUUCUUUAGUUGCAGAAGCCGAAGAGGCAGUUUCUGCUCCAAGAGAAGCACCAGCAGAAACAGAAGGGGCUUGCUCUGUGAAAAUUCAAGCUUCUGAUUCUGUUGCUGGAAAAGAUAUAAAAUCUGACAAAGUAAAGGCGAAGACAUUGGACGGGCCAUUGGUAGCAGUAGAAAAUAAAGAGGAAGCUGAAGAUUCUAUUCUCGCAUCUACUGGCAUAAAUAUAGAAGGGCUUCAUUUAGUUCAGGAGGGAUCACUGAGAAAAUCAUCAGUUAAUUCUUCUGAGAGUGGCAACACACAGGCUGUGGCUGUAUCUCAGGAAACUGAGUGUACAGCUGAUUUUAUAGCAUCUGCCGAACCCUCUACAGAAGAAAAAUCAACCAAUUCUGAUGCUUCAGCACCUCUUGCUCAGAAUAUUGAAGCUGAUACUAAACAAGAAGAGCUUGAGACUGCACAGUUCAAGGGAGAAAAUGCACCCAAUUCUCAAGCUACGGCACCUGUUGCUCAGAACAUUGAAGUUGAUACUAAACAAGAAGAGCUUGAGCCUCAAACACUACCGUCGGUAGAAGAAAGCAGCGUCACAGCAAAUGCUUCAGAAGUUAAAGCAGUUGAUGAAUAUACUUCUACUGCAGCUCUUGUGCAUCCAGAAACUGAGGAUCUUGGUACUUUCACAGAGCCAAAGAAGAACCUGGAGAUGCAUUUAAUUGAGAAUGACUCGACUUUGGUACAAGAUUCAGCUCUAUCGUGUGACGGAGAUCGCAAUUCAGGAGAGAAUCUUGAAAAUGGAAGCGAGAUGAGCAAAACGGUGGGAGCUAAUUUUAAUGAAUCUGUUGAGCAGAGGCAAGAAGAUGCACAUUGUGAAGAACCAACUUCUGAGCCUCCUAUUGAAGCACCUGUCAAAGAUGAAGACACGAAAGGUCUAAAAGAAGGGGGAGCAGAAUCAACUGCUGAGAUAUUGUCAGUCCCUACGGUUAACUCGAUCCCGACCAUCAAUAUGAGCAAUGAAGAGAAGUUGAUGGAGGAGAAUGAGAAGCUGAGAGAGAUGUUACGGAAACUUCUCGACUCAGGGAAAGAGCACUUAGCGGUUAUUUCGGAACUCGGCGAUAGAGUUAAGGAGUUGGAGAGAAAGCUGGCAAAGAAGAAGAGGGUAAAGGUGGCAGUGAACAAGCUGAGGAGGUCCUCUCCUAAUACAGUGGCAUGCCAUUGAGCAACAAUUUGAAGAAAUGUAUGGAUUCGAAAGAAAAUCUACAUGUAAUGUAACUCUUCGGCUUCUAUCCUCUUUGCAUAGUAUUGUUUCUUUUGAAUGUAGUACAAUAAAGCGCACUUUGUACUCAAUGUUUGUGCUCCUGGUAUGCCAUUUGAAUUUCAAAAACUGAAGUUGAGGUGUAA